AUGUCACCCACCAGCACUCCCACAUCUCGCAUUCGCAUCGCCAUAGAUCGGGGUGGCACAUUUACAGAUUGUCUCGGAAUUGUGCCCGGAAAGCCAGAUAUUCUUGUCAAGCUGCUGAGCAAUGACCCAACCAACUAUGCCGAUGCUCCGACCGAGGGCAUCCGCAGGAUUCUCGAGUCCGCGACGGGAUCUUCCCUUCCCCGAGGAGAGCUGAUUGACACAAGCGGUAUUGAGUCGAUUAAAAUGGGCACGACGGUCGCGACAAAUGCCCUGCUGGAGCGAGCCUCAACGCCUUGUGCUCUCGUGGUAACAAGAGGCUUCAAAGAUCUGUUGCGCAUCGGAGACCAAACUCGUCCAAAGUUGUUUGAUCUGAACAUCCGGAGGCCUGAGACUUUAUUCCGAGACGUUCUUGAGGUUGACGAGCGCGUGACGCUCCAUGAUUCAUCCGAGGACGCGACGAGUCUGGCCGACCCUGAAAGACAUGCGUUUGGCCUCAAAACAGGCAUCGGAGGGGAAGCCAUCCGAAUCUUACAACCCCUAGAUAUUGAGGGUGCGAGAACAGGACUACAGACUAUUUUCGACAAGGGUGUGAGGUCACUAGCCAUCACGCUUCUUCACUCAUACACCUUCCCUGAUCAUGAGCUUCAGCUCGCCAAAAUCGCAGAGGAAAUUGGAUUCACCCAGAUAUCUCUGUCCUCGCAGAUCUUCCCCAUGAUCAAGGCCGUGUCAAGGGGCUACUCGGCCACGGCGGAUGCAUACUUGACUCCUCUGACAAAAACAUACAUCGACAGCUUCCGCCGAGGAUUCGUGGGCAAUCUUGAAGAUGCCAACGGCGCUCGAUGCGAGUUUAUGCAAAGCGACGGUGGUCUUGUGGGGUGGCAGAGCUUCAGCGGGCUCAGAGCUAUCCUGUCUGGUCCAGCAGGCGGCGUGGUGGGAUUCAGCCGAACGUGCUAUGACCCGAAACGCCGCAAACCAGUCAUUGGAUUCGAUAUGGGCGGAACGAGUACAGAUGUCUCUCGAUAUGCCGGAAGUUUGGAGCACACCUUUGAGUCUAUCACGGCUGGCAUUACCAUUCAGUCUCCCCAACUCGAGGUGGACACUGUUGCAGCUGGUGGUGGAAGUAUUCUUUCCUAUCGAAAUGGGCUAUUUCUUGCCGGCCCCGAGUCCGCCGGAGCCCAUCCCGGUCCCGCGGCGUACCGCAAAGGCGGACCUCUGACGGUGACGGAUGCAAACCUGGUCCUCGGCCGUUUGCAGGCCAAGUAUUUCCCCAAGAUCUUUGGUGCCGAAGAGAACGAGAGCUUGGAUUACGAAGGCUCCAAGGCGGCCUUUGAAGAACUUCUGCAGAAAGUCAACAAGGACCUUGCCGCCACCGGUGCGCCAGCGAAGAGUGUUGAAGAGCUAGCCUUGGGGUUUCUGGAGGUGGCCAACGAGGCCAUGUGCAGACCAAUCCGGUCUUUAACUGAAGCCAAGGGCUACAGGGCUUCAGACCAUGAACUUGCCGUAUUUGGCGGUGCAGGCGGCCAGCAUGCUUGUGCCAUCGCCGCUAACCUUGGUAUCAACCGAAUUCUCAUCCAUCGAUAUUCAUCCAUUCUAUCCGCCUAUGGCAUGGCGCUGGCUGAUCUGGUCCAUGAUCUCCAACAACCAUACUCUGCGGUCCUUGGAACCGAGAUGGACGAACUAGACUCCCGAUUGAAGGAGCUGGAAAAGUCAACGGAAGAGAAACUCGUCUCGGAUGGUGCUUCUGUGGACUCGCUCACUUUUGAACACUUCCUAAACCUUCGCUACAUGGGAUCUGAUACCACUUUCAUGAUUCCCAGGCCUGAGAGCGGUAGCUGGGCGGAUGCAUUUACAGCCGAACACAAACGACAGUUCUCCUUCAUCAUGGCCGGCCGAGAAAUCCUUGUCGAGAAUGUCCGAGUCAGAGCGACAGCCCAGAGCUCAGCUGUUGAGCCAGUGUUCAACCUCGAGAAGCAGUUGGCCGAGUCUCCGACGGCGGCAGCCUCCAAAGACAAAGUUUCCGACCAUGUUCGACUCUUCUUCCAACAGGGAUGGAUGGACGCCCCUUUAUAUUUCCUUGGAUCUUUGGAGACUGGUGACAUGGUUCAAGGACCAGCCAUCAUUCUCGAUGACACACAGACCAUCGUCGUGAGCCCAGAAGCCAAGGCCAUUAUUAUGAGCCGCCAUGUCGUCUUAGAGCUCUCCCGCAAAACAUCUCAGUCGGCUGUGGAGAAUAUUUCAGUAUCCGAAAAGAAGGUCGACCCAGUUCAGCUCACCAUCAUGGGCCAUCGAUUCAUGAGCAUCGCCGAGCAAAUGGGACACGCUCUACAAAAAACCAGCGUGUCGGUUAACAUCAAAGAGCGUUUGGAUUUCAGCUGCGCUCUUUUUAGUCCGGAUGGUCGACUGGUUGCAAACGCACCACACGUGCCAGUUCAUCUUGGAUCCAUGGAACAAGCCGUCAUGUAUCAGCACGAGAAAUACCUAGGCCAACUUCGUCCCGGAGAUGUCAUCGUUGCCAACCACCCUAUUUCUGGAGGAACUCACCUGCCGGACAUUACUUGCGUCACACCCGUCUUCGACAGCGCUGGCAAGGAAGUAAUCUUCUACACCGCGUCAAGAGGUCACCACCAAGAGAUUGGCGGCAUUCUCCCAGGAUCCAUGCCAGCGGGAAGUGUCGAGCUUUUUGAAGAAGGUGCGGCUAUCAUCUCGGAAUUCCUCGUCCGCGAUGGUGUUUUCGACGAAGAGGGCAUCACCAAACUACUCCUGGACGACCCCGCCCAGUAUCCAGGGUGCUCCGGUACGAGGAAGCUCGCCGACAACAUUAAUGAUCUGAAAGCGCAAGUGUCAGCAAAUGCCAAGGGCGCUGCUCUGGUCUCGGAGCUCAUUGCGGAGAACGGACUCAGUACGGUCCAUUUCAACAUGCACGCCAUCACAAACAAUGCUGAGGCCUGUGUGCGCGAGUUCCUCCUUCGAACACACGCGGCAACAGGAGGAAAACCGCUGUUCGCCCUUGACCACAUGGAUGACGGGACUCCUAUUCAGUUAGAAGUAACCAUCGAUCCUGAGACCGCCUCGGCCCAUUUUGACUUCAGCGGCACUGGCGAGGAAGGAUACCAUUCCUUCAACGCGCCCCAGGCAAUUACGCGUAGUGCAACGCUAUAUGUCCUGCGAUGUCUGAUCAACCAGGACAUUCCUCUCAACGAAGGCUGUCUUCGUCCACUACAAUUCACUAUUCCAGAGGGUUCUAUUCUUAACCCGUCGCCUACGGCUGCUGUCUGUGCCGGCAACCCCAUCACCUCGCAACGUGUUACCGACGUUGUGAUUAAGGCAUUUGCCGCUUGUGCUGCAAGCCAAGGCGACUGCAACGUGGUCUCAUUUGGUAUUGAUGGCAACAUCGAUCCUACUACCGGGUCGCUCGUUCCAGAGACUGGCUUUGGGUUCUGCGAAACCAUCUGCGGCGGCAGCGGUGCAGGCGACGGGUGGCACGGCACCAGCGGCGUCCAUGUACACAUGACCAACACUCGCAUCACGGAUCCAGAGAUUCUUGAGAAGCGUUAUCCGGUUGUACUUCGUGAGUUCAGUAUACAAGACGGCUCCGGCGGUCGGGGUAGAUGGAACGGCGGCAACGGCAUCCGGCGUGCAUAUGAGUUUGGUCGGGACAUGGGAUGCUCUAUUGUCAGCGAGCGCCGAGUCACACGUCCGUAUGGAAUGAAGGGUGGCGAGGAUGGUAAAUCUGGCGUCAACUAUGUCGCGAAGGGCGGCAAGAAUGGACGAUGGUGCCGAGUUGGCGGGCGGAAAGAUUUCAAGGUUGCCAAAGGAGAUUGGUUUGUAAUCGAUACACCCGGCGGAGGCGGAUGGGGUAGUCCUACCGAGGGGGGCUCUGGCGCAGAGGAGACGCAUGACUUUUACAACCCCCGAUUGGCUAAUCCCAGCUCUGACCCAGAAAUACUUUUUGACAAAGGCGGUGUGACUUGCUCUCUUAACACAACUGUAUUUUUGCUUGAAGUCUCUCUAGUGCUCUAUAGCGCAGCGUAUUAG